AUGAUUCCAUCUCUGGUUAGAAGACGCUCAAGUGGUGAAGUAAGAAAGUUGGCCUCAAUUUCUAACAGUCUCUUACCAGCAUUUGGCACUAAUCCUGAUGAAGGUUACUUCAUCCUUAAGAAAUAUACCAUUGCGCCCUAUGAUCGAAGAUAUCGAUUCUGGCAAACGUUCCUAGUGGCAUUGGUGGUGUAUUCUGCAUGGGCAUCUCCAUUUGAGUUGGCUUUCAGAGAGAUGUCAAUCGGGUCGCUGUUAAUAACUGAUCUCUUUGUCGAUGCUUUCUUUGCAUUUGACAUAAUCCUAACUUUCUUCGUGGCCUACUUGGAUACAUCAACUUAUUUCCUUGUUGAUGACCAUAAGGAGAUUGCUAUCAGGUACGUCAAGCAUUUAUGUUUUCCCAUGGAUCUAGCUUCAACUAUGCCAUUUCAACAGAUGUAUCAACUUAUAGCCGGCAAAUCACACGAUAGAGGAGAAGUCUUUGGUUUUCUUAACAUGCUUAGACUUUGGCGAUUGAGACGUGUUAGCGAGCUCUUCUCAAGGCUAGAGAAAGACAUAAGGGUUAGCUACUCGUUAACAAGAGUCUGUAAACUUUUAUGCGUUACGCUAUUUGCAGUGCAUUUCACAGGCUGCGUGUAUUUUUGGUUGGCUUACCAUCACGAAUCACCCGAAAAUACAUGGAUUGGGAAGGAGGUAAAGGAUUUUAAGCAAAGGAGUGUGGGGUCAGGAUACACUUACUCCAUGUACUGGUCUAUUGUAACCCUUACUACCGUUGGCUAUGGAGAUUUGCAUGCAGAAAAUACAACAGAGAAGGUUUUCAAUAUAUUUUAUAUGUUGUUUAACAUCGGCCUCACUGCAUAUAUUAUCGGAAACAUGACAAAUUUGGUGGUUCAUAGCUCUGGCCGAACAUUUGCCAUGAGGGAUGCCUUCAAUAAAGUAUUACAAUAUGCGAGCAAAAAUGGACUCCCAGUAGGAUUGAAGGAACAAAUGUUGGCACAUACACAACUGAAGUUUAAGACAGCAGAGUUACAGCAAGAAGAAGUGCUACAGGACCUACCUAAAGCAAUUAGGGCCGGUAUUGCUCAGCAUCUUUUCCACAACGUGAUUGAAAAAACAUACUUAUUUAAAGGAGUCUCAGGUGAUUUUAUAUGCCAGAUGGUAUCAGAUAUGAAAGCAGAAUACUACCCAUCAAAGGUUGACAUUAUCUUGCAAAAUGAGAUGCCAGCAUAUUUCUACAUUUUGGUAUCCGGAUCGGUGGAUGUGUUGAUAUACAAGAAUGGAUCUGAAAAGUUUUUGUUCAAACUAGAACCUGGAAGCAUGGUAGGAGAAAUAGGUGUGAUGUUUAAUAUCCCGCAACCUUAUACAGUGAGAAGUAGAAGACUCUCCCAGCUUAUACGAAUCGAUCAUCAUCAUUUCAAGCAGAUGGCAAAACCAUUUAAUGAAGAUGGGAAGACAGUCAUCCACAAUUUUACUCAGUUUUUGAAGGGACUAAGAGGCGGGGUGCUGGAAGAAGUACCAUUCGUAACAGAAUUUUUGAGUGACUUGCAUGAAGAGGAACAGACACAAAACGAGGGCACACAAGAUGAAGUUUCAGAGUAUCAUGAAGGAGAAACAGAAAAUUCCAGUCCAUUGUCAAGCCUAGUUCCCAUUAGAGUCAAAAUCCACGGACACCACCCCAAUGGAAAAAAUGAAAUUGGAACAACACCAAAGCUCAUUAUUCUACCAGAUUCAGUUGAAGAUCUUUUCAGAGUAGCAGAGAACAAGUUUGGAAAAAGAGGGAGCAAAAUUCUUAUGACCGAUGGCUCAGAAGUAGAAGAUCUAAGCGCCUUAAGAGAGAAUGACGAGUUAUACAUCCUCUAA